CUCACAACCUCUGCGGAUGCCUGCCAUAGAUGUGGGUGAAACAUCAGGAAAGAAUGCUUCUGGAACAUGGCCAUACUUAAAGUGGAAUUCUUCUCUCCAUUGCUGGGGAAGUCUAUAUAGGCCACCUUGGACUGAGCACUUUGCUUUUUGCUCCAGUCUUAUAAAAAAAUUCACACUUUUGUUAUUUGCAUUGGGUUUGCCUUGAGUUCUUUCUCCCUUAAUGGAAGCAAAGGAAGCACUGCAAGGAAAUUGUGCUGGAUACUUGAGUUUGGAUGCUCCCUUCUCGGUAUCUUAAUAGCUGAGGCGUCGUAUGCCUUAGCAUCCCUUCUGGGUCUUGAAAUGCUUUGCCUGAUAUCUCGGUUACCUUCCAUUCUUGUCCACUCUCCAUGCAAAAAAAAGGUGCUGUCAUGAUAGGCAGGUUUGCAAAAAAGUUAACAGUUGAUAUAGAUCUUGGGGAUGACCUCUCCAAUGACAAUGGUAUUUAAGAAUUCAGAAGUUCCUAAUGGCGGGGUAGACAAUGGAGAUUUUUUUCAGAAAUGCGUCAGUUGUUCAUGCGCCAUCCCCAGUUGAAAUUGGGGUUUUUUUUGGUCUGUUGUUUAAUUCCUUUUCAAUUCAACUGCAAGUUCUUCUUCUGUGAAUGUUGUUUCUUACUCAUAAUGGCCAAGUCUGCGCUGAGAGCAGGACUUCUCUGUCCUGCCCAGAUGGAUCACAGCAAGCAGGAAGGGACUUGGCCAAAGUAGACCAGGCACAGAGGCACCUUCGACUCAAUGGGGCUUUACCGCUCCCUUUGGAGGAGCAUCUGUAACUCUUCAAGCUUCAUUUGUAUGGCAGUAGAAAAGGUUGUUUGGAGAGGGUACUCCAUGGUGUGCGCAAAAGAGGAAUGCCCCAUGGAAAGAUCAGUUCUCCUAGAUCAAGGUAGCCCAGGAUUCCAUCUUGCUUGUGAUGCUAUCCCGAUGCCAGCCAUUGUGCAAUGUACAGUGGAAGAGCCUCCGGUUGACAUUUGUCCUACAAGCGCUGCCCCAUUUUGAGUUGUGAUGAUGGCCACUGUUGACAUUCCCUUCUCAGAGCACAGCCAACCACCCCACUAACGCCGCUGCUGCUGCUGUGUCGUGAAGCCCUUGUGCUGCGUGACAGGCCUUGGCGCCACGCUUGAUGCUGUGAAGCAUGGACCGCUUUGCCAGCUCUGGGACACAGACGGAGGCCGUGGUGGUGCUCUCUCUGGCCCAGGCGGCCGUCCUGGGCCUGGUCGCGGAAAAUGAAGUCUUUGGCGCCACCACAGUCAGCCCUGGAGGCCUCUUCUCGGGCUUCACAAACAAGAUCGACAGCCCCACAGUGACAGCUGCCGUACCGCCAAGGCAGCCAGAGGGCAUCCGGUUGCUGGAGAAUGGAAGUCACGGUCCGCCGGCAGUGGCAGGAAGCCCCGAGGAGGAGGAGGGUCUGGAGGCCGAUGCCUCCUCCUUCGGGAGGCAGGCGCGGAGGAGGAAGCGGCCCCCUGUGAGGCUGGUGCCCAAGGUGAAGCACGAGAAGGGGGAGGCCGCCGGGCAGGAGGAGGAGGAAGAGGCCGGCUACGAGGGGCCCGCCCCCGGCGAAGAGCACCAAGAGCAGCUGGAGACUCAGCACACCUGUGAGCAGACGGUCCAGAGCAGCGCCACCAGGAUGAUCGACCUCAGCGCCUUUGGCAGGAGGCCUCGGCGGCUCCGGCACCUGCGGAGACAUGGGCCGGAAGGGCUGUCCUUGGGAGGAGGGGGCUACGAGGAGAGGCUCCCCAGCCCCAUGCAGCCCAGGGCUGAGGAACCCCCCUUUGCCAGGGACUGUGGCUUCCAGGCGGGCGCCCUGUGUGUGCCCUCGCUGCCCGUUCCCCCCUUGAGACACCACCGUGUUGCGCAGCCUCCCCCUCCUCCUCUGGAGCAUCCGGGCAAGCGCGAGGCAGGCUUCGUGUGGCAGGAGCCGCAGGACUUUGAGGCGGAGAGCUACGGCGGGGAGCAGAGCAAGAAGAUGCAGCUGGACCGGCUGGACAUCAAUGUGCAGAUCGACGACUCGUACUUGGUGGAGAAGCGUUGGCAGUGCCGCCUCUGCGAGAAGUCCUACACCUCCAAGUACAACCUGGUGACGCACAUUCUGGGUCACAACGGCAUCAAGCCCCACUCGUGUCCGCACUGCGGGAAGCUCUUCAAGCAGCCCAGCCACCUGCAGACCCACCUGCUGACCCACCAGGGCACCCGGCCCCACAAGUGCCAGGUCUGCCACAAAGCCUUCACCCAGACCAGCCACCUCAAGCGCCACAUGCUGCUCCACUCAGACAUCAAGCCCUACAGCUGCCGCUUCUGUGGCCGUGGCUUUGCCUACCCCAGCGAGCUCCGGGCCCACGAGGGGAAGCACCAGAGUGGGCGAUGCCACGUCUGUGUGGAGUGUGGCCUGGACUUCUCCUCCCUGGCCCAGCUCAAGCGCCACCUGGGCACCCACCAGGGCCCCACGCUCUUCCCCUGCCCCGAGUGCAACAAGGCCUUCCACUACCGCAGCCAGCUCCAGAACCACCUGCUCAAGCACCAGAAUGUCCGGCCCUUCGUCUGCACUGAGUGCGGCAUGGAGUUCAGCCAGAUCCACCACCUCAAGCAGCACGCCCUGACCCACAAGGGCGUGAAGGAGUUCAAGUGUGAAGUCUGCGGGCGGGAAUUUACGCUGCAGGCCAACAUGAAGCGGCACAUGCUGAUCCACACCAGCGUGCGCCCCUACCAGUGCCACAUCUGCUUCAAGACCUUUGUGCAGAAGCAGACGCUGAAGACGCACAUGAUCGUCCACUCACCGGUCAAGCCCUUCAAGUGCAAGGUCUGUGGGAAGUCCUUCAACCGCAUGUACAACCUGCUGGGCCACAUGCACCUCCACGCAGGCAGCAAGCCCUUCAAGUGCCCUUACUGUUCCAGCAAGUUCAACCUGAAGGGGAACCUCAGCCGCCACAUGAAGGUCAAGCACGGCGUGAUGGACAUCAACCUGGACAACCAAGAUCCUCUGCUGGAGCUGGCGGGCAAUGAGCAGGCGGAGAUGGACCACCACCGGCAGCGGGAGAUGGAGGACUACGAGGAGGAGAACGCAUACAACUACAGGGGGGUGGGGAACGCCACGGACACCUCUGCCUUGGCAGAACAAGCCAUGAAGGAGAUGGCCUACUACAACAUGUUGUAGCGGAAGGAAUGUCCAAGGAGGAGAGAGACAGGCAGGUAUCUUCCUUACCCCUCCGACUGGGUUCUAGUGGGGAAGCAGGGGCCGCACCUCUCUCUGGUGGCUACUCUUGACCUCUGGGAGCCUCGGCCCCCUUUCCCUCCGCUCAGCGCUGCUCCGCUGGGCUGGUCCCACGUUCCCUGCCAUCCCUCCUUCCGUGAGGGGAUAGAAGUGCCCCUCGCCUCACUCUACCUCCUACCAGACUGGCAAAGGGGAUGGUGGUGGAGAUGGAGCAGGCGCCUGUCUGCGCAUUGCGGAGCCAGGCAGGAGGUUGGGUGGCCUGCCCUUCCCUGUUUCCUCGGGUCGGUGGGAGAAGCCAGAGCCCAGCGACACCAGACAGGCCACUUAAUUGCCCACCUUCCUGGCAGAGAGCUAGAGAGCAGCCCUGUUAAAUUAUUACAUGGACUCCCACAGAGGAUUGUACCACUUGUGCAUAGAUCUACUGUGUUUUAUUUUCCUGUUCUGACGGCGUUCAGCAAUAAACGAAUUAUCCUUUGACAGAAGAA